AUGCCGCCGAAACAGACAACACAAAAGUCGAAGCCGAAAGCUUCAAACGCGAAAACAAUGAGCAACUCCAACAAUGCCAAUGGCCAGAAAGGCAUCUCAGAACAUGACAUUAAACAAAACUCGGGUGUAUCGGCUAGCAUGGCCUUGCAAGCAACACAAAAGGCAUGGGAGUUGAGACAAGCAGCCAUGGCAGCUGGCGAUGCCGAUGCACGAGAAGCGACUCUUGCAAAGGCCGUCAAUAAGGAGAUUGAAGCCGAGUCCUUUGGCAAAGCUGCAAAGUACGCACAAAGCGGUGCUUUCCAGGGACUUGCUGCUGGUGCUGGGUUAGGUGUGCAGCCUGGCGUCACUCUCGGAAAGCUUACAGGAGCCAUAGUAGGAGGAACGGUAUCGACUGUCACGGGCCUGCUUGGUGGUGGUAUCGGAUCCGUGUACGGUGCCAUGAACGGCAAGAUUUGGGACAUGGGAGAAAUGGCCAGUCAUGGUGUUCAGGGUGUCGUUGGUGACUUUCUCCCUGAUUGGAAGUCGACUCCAGCACAGAAGAAGGCGUUGGACAAGAUGGUCAUGCAGACCAAGGAGACACAAGCACCGAGCAAGGAAGAGUUGGAACAGAUGAAGAACGAUAUGCCAGACAAGGCACCCUCAUCAUGGUCGCAAUCAGCAAAGGAUAUGACUGGGUACUUGCCUGGCAUGCCCUCGAUGCCGAAGAUGCCCAAUAUGCCCUCCAUGGCACAAGCAGGUUCUGCCGUUGGUCUUGGUGGCCUAGGAGCAUCUCUGGGUAUGGGAGGAGGUAGUGGCGGUGGUCAAGCCGACAACAAGCAACAAGCACCCCAGCAACCCAAGAAACGAAGUCAAUCUCAGCCCAAACAAAGCGAGCAGCCACCAAAACAGCAGAAGACCUCGAGCACACAACAGCAGCCUUCCAGACCAAAAGAGGCACCAAAGCCCAAAGAAGCACCCAAGCCGAAAGAAGCCCCCACGGUCAAGACCACAAAUACUUCCUCGCAGCCCAAACAAGCUCCGAAAACCAAUGGCACGUCCACCGGCCCAACUACCAGAUCAGCAUCACAGAAGCAAACUCCUUCGGUCACAAACACCAACAACGCGAAACCAGCAGCGAAACCACAACAAGCUGCUGCAAGCAAGCCAGCUGCUGCUCAAUCAACUACAACAUCCAACACAGUCGAGAGGAAGAAGCCAAGGAAGUUAAAUGCUGCAACAAAGAGCAGUGGUGGUACACAAUCCAAACCAGCAGCGGCCACAACAUCAGCGCCAACCAGAAGAGCGCCGAGGAAGUUAGAGACUCGCAAGCCUGCUGCUACCGCUGCGUGA